UUUCAAUUUUGGUAUGAGCAAUUAAAUUAGUAACUAAAAUUGAUUGUGAUUAAUUGCGGUUGAAUGGGGUUAAUUUUUUUUGAAUUAAAAAAAAUGAUCUUAGACCGUGUUAUAAAUCUGUUGAAUGAAACUAACGAAUUAAUUAGUAGUCCAUUUUCCCCAAAAAAAAAAAAUUCCCAAAACACUCUCCCCUGCCUUCUCUCUCUCUCUCUCUCUCUCUCUCUCUCUCUCUUAUGGAGAACGGCGAUGACUGGUUGGCCCCAGACAAGUUCCAACACAUCCUCUUCUGCUUCUCCCUCACCAUCAUCUUCUCUCUCCUCGCCUCCAAAACCCGCUACCCUAUCCUCCGCCGCCUCAGCAUCUUUUUCGGAUCCGUCGUCUCGCUCGCCGCCGGCGCCGCCAAAGAGGUCGCCGACGAGUUGGGAUUCUUCAAGUCCGCCGGAGCCUCCUUCAAGGACGCCUUUGCUGAUCUCGUCGGCAUUGUUCUCGCUGUGCUCCUUCUUUCUCUCUCUAAAUCACUCUCUCUCCGGAUCAAACCGGAUCAGUCGGGUAAAGUUCCAGGGCUCGAGAUUGUCUGAUUCGAUGGAUGCGGUCGAGCGUUUCGUCGUGGUCAGGUUAAGGUGCUUUUAUUUGGUUACAUUUUAAAUAGGUUUCGAAAAGGAAUUCUUUUAUAUAUUUUAGCGAAGUUAAGUGAGAUUUCAUUUAUGUUUGGAUUCGGCUGAUUUGUGAUGUUUCUAUUUGGUGAAAAUUAGGGCCAACAACAAAUCGAACAUACGGAACAUUUGAUUGUUCAAACUUGGUUUGAAAGCGAGCUUUAAAAGCUUGGCUUGUCAACGAGAUCGAGCUAAUCCCGGAUAGAUUGAAUUUUUUAAGCAUGAUAAGUUGAACUAAAUGAGCGGUAGUUUUGUUCAAGCUUGAUUUGUUUAUGUCACAAUUUGUUCUUAGACUAAAUUUUAACGAGCGGAUACGAGCUCAAAUUCAAAUAGUUUGGUUGGUUUAUCAGACCUAGUGAAAAUGAGCAAGAUGAUUUUUGGUUAUACUCAGAUGUGAAUGUUCCUUACAUCGUAGUAAUUCAGAAGGUGUUUUCUAUUUGCAUCUGGCAUGUGCAAAUUAUUGAUGUCACUUCUUGAUUGAUGUUCCAAUGAAUAUACGGAAAAACAAAAACAAACAGGGUUUGGAAUGCUGCUCUUUUUUUCUCUGUCUGUUGUAUACUUGUAUGUGUUGUUUAAAAAUGAACGGUUUUGAUUACUCAUGCGGGAACCCGAGGUGGGCCCCGCAACCCGGUCUGUACACAAUCAGUACCCUUGCAAUCAGUACCUAUAGUAUUUUCGGUUUAGAAAUAAGUUUGGAGCUUUACGGUGAUCUUCAAAGUAAUAAAUCCAAACGGAUGAAUUUAACUUCAUUCGAUGUUAACAAAAUUGGGACUGCCAAUGUUUUCAUUUUUUUGAAAGGCGGACAUGUUUUCAAUGUUUCAAUAAAUACAAAAAUGAAAGACUUUGACUUGAGGAACAUAAAAACCAUGGAAAAGACCCUGGAGAUCUUUGAAGGGGACCGGUCGUCCAUUGACUGUACGCCUAUGGCUCCAAUCUCGAGGGCCAAAAUCCUUUGUACCCAAAUCUUGUUGUAACCCUAUCCCAGUGUGUUUUCAGCUGCUAGCUUACGUAAGAAUUUCAAAAUACAAGAAUCUCAAAACAUGAUCCUAUGGUUGGAACCACAUGGAACGGGGUACACUAUGAUUUCACCAUGGAGGACCUGAUCCCGUGGGUCACUAGGCUCUGGAUUCCGCUUUGGCUGGUAGCAUGGUAUGACUUCAGGGUGCCUUGAGGAUAUUAUAGGUGAUGUCAGAUUUGUUCUUGACUUCUUGGUCAUCGGUGCACUGUGCACCUGAUGCUUUUUGGAGGUUGAGUCGUUGAGACCUGGUGAGGGGUAGUCAUAGGGAUGACAGGCUAAGGAAUUAGAGAUUUUUGAUCAAUUGAAUGAGUGUCGAGCAUGUCUUCUCUAGCAUAUCCUAGGAGAGACGUUAUAAAGCUCAUAACAAUUAGGCUCAAGGUUUGGGUGGCAUGUAUUCUAUUCGUUGCAGCAUGGCCCAAUUCCUAAUUUGAAGGUGUAUUAGUGUUCCGUGUGUUGGCUGACACAUGGAUCCAAGUACCAUUGCAUGACACAUGGAAGAGCCAGAUACAUUUACCCAUUGUUAGAAGGUUUAACAGCUUGAGAUGGCUGGUAUACGAAGUAAAUAUUAAGACACAUUGUCGAUGUCCUAGGGGCUACGAUUGGUAUGAGCUAAAUAGAGUACCUGCAGGGUUCUCCUAGUUAGUCAUCGUCAACUAGCAUUCAUCUCAGAAGUGUUUGACGUUAGGCUAUUUUCCCUUCUGUUUUUAAUAUCAUAUUCGACAAACCGGUGCAAUUUGAUUAUUUGAAUGCCUUCCCACUUAGGUUGUAUUUGGAUUUUGGAUUUACCAAUUGUGUAAGGAAGAAAAAAAUGAAGAGAAAAGUUAAAGUCUUAUGGCUCAUUAGAUCGCAUAACUUUUUCAUUUCUUUUUCCUUUUCCUUUUCCCAAAUCCUUGAGCGCCACCUUUCCUCAGCUCUGUUUUACUUGUGAUUCUCUGUAAGUGCACUGUAUGAUCCCUAAGAGAAAAUGCAGAUGAUUAAAAGGAAGAAAA